UCACCCGAUUGCUCGAGCGGGGCCCCGCGGCAGAACGAGCCCGAGCUGUCCAGCUCAAGGUGGACCCGCCACUGUCGGAGGGUCAGGGCAGAGUUCCCGCAACUCACGGUGCAGGUCGGGAGGCUGCCGCUGGUGCCCGGUGCCGUGUCCAGGUGCGCCCGCUGUUCUGGGCAGGCUGCGGGCAGCGGCGCUGCUCCCGCUCCCUGCUGCUCGCCGGCGGAGGCAGGAAGGGCGCGGGCAGCCCCGCUGCUCCCCGGGGGCUCCCCGGCUGGCGCGGGGGCAGCGGUCCCCCCUCUCCCGCCUCAUUUGCAUGGCUCUUAUUACGGCCGUGCCUCGCUCCUGCCGCUCUGACACCGGCGGGCUGGAGCGGCGGAGUCGCCUCCAGCGGGAAGUGCACUUCCGUUAUCUGCGUUCCCGCACCCCGGCUAGCCCGCUCCCCCUCCUCAGCUCGCUCUCUCUGGAUGUUUAAGGCAAGGAUGAACAAACAGAUCCAGCCCGACCGCAAAGUGUCGGUGGUGGCCCCCUUGCCGGAGCGCGCGGGGCCGCCGCCGCCGCGGAAGGACGUGGAGCUGAUCCUGGUGAAGGAGCACAACGGAGUGCAGUACACCAGCAGCAACCUCCUGCCCGCCGCUCCGCGACACGGACCCCCUGACAGGGAGACCUGGGGCAAGAAGAUCGACUUCCUCCUCUCCGUCAUCGGCUUCGCCGUGGACCUGGCGAACGUUUGGCGCUUUCCGUACCUCUGCUACAAAAAUGGAGGGGGUGCUUUCCUCAUUCCCUAUAUCCUCUUUUUAAUCAUUGCUGGAAUGCCCCUGUUCUAUAUGGAAUUAGCACUGGGACAGUAUAACCGAGAAGGGGCUGCCACUGUGUGGAAAAUCUGUCCAGUUUUCAAAGGUGUAGGCUAUGCAGUGAUACUCAUAGCUCUUUAUGUGGGAUUCUACUACAACGUUAUCAUAGCUUGGUCUCUGUAUUACCUAUUUUCAUCAUUCACAUUUGAGCUCCCCUGGACACACUGUGACAACAGUUGGAACAGUCCAAACUGCACAGAUCCCAAACUCUUCAAUGCAUCAGUGCUUGGCAACGGUACCAAAUAUUCAAAGUACAAGCUCACUCCUGCAGCUGAAUUUUAUGAGCGAGGAGUUCUGCACCUGCACGAAAGCCGUGGAAUCCAUGACCUUGGCUUGCCUCGCUGGCAACUUUCCCUCUGCCUCUUGGUGGUGGUUAUCAUUCUUUUCUUUAGUCUGUGGAAAGGCGUGAAGACUUCAGGAAAGGUUGUUUGGAUAACAGCCACUUUGCCUUAUGUUGUAUUAUUUGUCUUGUUAAUACAUGGAAUAACCCUGCCUGGUGCAUACAAUGGAAUAAAUGCAUACCUGCACAUAGAUUUCAGAAGAUUAAAAGAAGCCACAGUGUGGAUUGAUGCAGCUACUCAGAUAUUUUACUCCUUAGGAGCCGGAUUUGGUGUUUUAAUUGCAUUUGCCAGUUAUAAUAAGUUUGACAACAACUGUUACAGGGAUGCUUUGCUGACUAGUACCAUUAACUGUGUCACAAGCUUCAUCUCAGGAUUUGCAAUUUUCUCCAUAUUGGGCUACAUGGCUCAUGAGCACAAAGUUAAAAUUGAGGAUGUAGCUACUGAAGGAGCUGGUUUAGUUUUCAUCCUGUAUCCAGAGGCAAUUUCAACUCUUUCAGGAUCUACAUUUUGGGCUGUGGUAUUCUUCAUCAUGCUCCUUACUCUUGGUAUAGACAGUUCUAUGGGUGGAAUGGAGGCUGUCAUCACUGGCUUGGCGGAUGAUUUCCAAAUUCUGAAGCAGCACAGAAAGCUCUUCACCUUUGGUGUUUCUUUUGGCACUUUUCUACUUGCCCUUUUUUGCAUCACCAAUGGUGGAAUUUAUGUGCUCACACUUCUGGACACAUUUGCAGCUGGAACUUCGAUAUUAUUUGCAGUUCUAAUGGAGGCAAUUGGAGUUUCCUGGUUUUAUGGUGUGGACAGAUUCAGUGAAGACAUCCAGCAAAUGAUGGGCUUCAAACCAGGCCUCUACUGGAGACUGUGCUGGAAAUUUGUUAGCCCUGCUUUUUUAUUGUUUGUCGUGAUAGUCAGCAUAAUAAAUUUCAAACCUCUGACCUAUGAUGACUACACCUUCCCUCUCUGGGCAAAUCGCAUUGGCUGGGGAAUAGCAUUGUCUUCCAUGAUACUUGUGCCUGCCUAUAUUAUCUAUAAAUUCAUGAAUGUGCGUGGGACCUUUAAAGAGAGACUAGCUUACUGCAUCACACCCGAAAAUGAGCACCAACUCGUGGCCCAAGGAAAUGUCAGGCAGUUUAAGCUUCAACACUGGCUAACAAUAUGACAACCAAUAGGUUGAGGAAAAAGUCAAUAUAUUAAGGUAAACUGAGAAUACAGAAACGUCAACUUCAAAGCUCCCUCGACAAUGCUUGGACCAGGCUGGCUCAGAGCUUAUCUACUGACUCUUUGAGGGAAGACAUCCACUCUCUGUUCUCAAUGCCUCCCUUCUAUUACUUGGCUUCAAAUGAUCUUUAAAGACACUGUUUAAUUUUCCUUACAUCCUUUGGUGCCAUGACAUCCCUACAUGACCAAAACUUGUGAGUUUUGCUAUUGGUAGAAGUGGAGGAGGCGGGAGCAGAGAAAAAAAGCAAUCAACAUAAGUUAAAUGCUCUUUUAGUGUGAAGAAGUCAAUUAAAAUUUUCUGACAGUAAUGAUUACUUCAGAUAUUCAUGCCACGACCUAUUUUAAACCAACAACACCUGAACGUUCUUAGACGUAAAGAAAGAGUGCAUCUCCAUUAUGAGGAAAGAGCAAUUUUAACUAUGUACUAAUAUCAUUAGCUUUCUUGCCAUACUAUCUUUGGGGAUAUAAACUGAAAACUCAUUACUACAUUUUCAGUGGUUUGAUAUUGGUUUUCUUCUCUUUGUGAAGAAGGUUGUCUCUCCUAUAUAUGUCCAUGCCAUUUCCUGUCCAGUUUAAUUACACAAGCUGAAGAGCAGCAGGAACAGAAUUCCUGUUGUUGACACUAAGUACAGAAUACAGUUUACUACCACCCUAUACUUCAUGAAAGAUAUAUUCCCUUAUGUUAACAAUUGAAAUAGUUUUAUCAUGCAAUCCGUACUCCACAGACUUUUUCAGCUAAGUAUGAACGUGAAACCCAAAUAAUGACAUUCAUUUUUGUGUUAUAUUUUGUUGGAAAUAAAGAAUGUAAAAUGCAUAGGAAGAUAGAACAAUUUUUAGAAUUACGUAAUCUACCCAGAGGCACAAAAAAUACCAAACUUCGGCUUUAUUCUCCUGCUGUGAAUAUGCUAUUACUAUAAUUUAACCUGGAGUCACCUACAACACAUAGUAAGAUUCUGUUGAAUAGUCUAGGGUAUUUCCGGCAUACUCAGCUCUCUAAACAUGUUCCAGCUCUUCUCUCUGGUAGUGUUAUGCAAGGUAGAAGAUACAGAACAAACUGCAUUUGGGUGCUGUUCUAAUGCUGUGGUCACUUAUCACUGUAGUAUCUUCCCAGUGAUCACUGGAUCUGAUAGCUUUGAGUUACUUCUUAUACUUAUUUGUCAGUACAUCUACAGCAAUUUUCAGAGACAGUGGCUUCUCAUGAAUCCAGCCCAGAGUUUACCUCCAGAACUUACCUCUGAUUUUUUUAGCCUCUAUACAUUGAACUCAUCUUUCAAAUGUAUGUAGCAGUUCCUCUUUAAAAGGAUGGAGCUUUUUUAUGUAUGAAACAAUUUUUGUUGAGGUUUUCUUUAAUUUUUUAAAAAUAGCCCAAUUUAAAAGUCCUAAGUGAUUUUGGACUUUUCCAUUUAACACUGAUUUCUGUUCACAAUAAUGGAAGGGAAAUUUCCUUAUUCACCUGUCUUCUCCAAUAUCAUCAAUACUUUGGAAUAUAUCACAAAUUGUCCUUUUCUUGAAGAGUUCCUGUGACAAACAGUAGUUUUACUUAAGUAAGGUUUAAACCCAAAGGAUACUUUCUCCUAAUCAUAAAGUCAUAUUUACUGGCCCAGCUGACAGUCGAUAGCUGUUUAAAACCUGUUAUAAAAUAUAUUUCAAUAAUAAAGGAAUUUCAAGGGUGGCCUGUAAUUACUCAAGAGGCCAAACAGUGAAAAUAUGUUGAGGGCUUCAAAAAAAGCCAUCCUACCAACCUCAUAGUUAAUCCCAUUUUUAUUGCUUGAAAAACUACGUAAGAAUCUUUCAUUGUUAUAAAGCUUACUUUUCAAUAAUACAGCAGCUUCAGUCACUGUCUUGGCAUGGCUCUAAAGCUUCUUAGCAUAGAUAUAAUUACUAAGUUUGAAACUCUUGGGGGCUCUUUUACAUGGAGCUUUAAUAGCUUGUCACAUUAUGCAUUGUUUGGUUCACUCAUGAUUGGAAAUGCUACCAACCUACAUCACUUGUGACACACCCCAUCACCACCAUCCAUAUAGCAAAACCCACGCAGGAGAAGUUGCAUGUCAUCACCCCUCUGCUCUGAAAUAGGAGCAAAGCUAUUUUAACAUGGGAGUGCAAGCAGCUUUACCCAGCAUAUUAGGGUUUGAUUGUAUUUUUAAUCCCAACUCACAAGGCAAUUAUCUGCUCCAUUAUUUCUAUUACUGAAUAACUUCUUAGGUUUAAGGUAGUAUUUAUAGCUCAGAACUCCACUGCAUUACUGCCAUCUUGUUCUGAGGCUUUAUAGAGAGCUCACAAUCUGCAUAGAAGAUGAUAGGCAAGUCAGAGAAAGCAGGAAUCUUACUGCCAGGAAUAGCCCAAAUGAAAAAGAAAGAUAAUACACAUUGCCUGAGUGCACAGCUAGAUUUUAAAUUCAAGAUGUUAGCCAAAGGAAGUAUCCCCAAAAAUAAUACAACUUAUAUCCCAGAGAUGAAGAACAAUGUCUUCAUUUCUCUACAAAACAAAAUGCUCAGCUACCUCAUGCCUCUUGGAUGAUGAAUGAUGCCAUUAGAUAUUAAAUAGUGUUCAUUCGAAUGACAAACACAUUUGUGAAAAACAGUUUAUACUCUUUUUCUCCACUCUGUGAUAUGGUGCAGACAGUCCAAUAAGAAGCCAUGGCUCUGGCAUCCAGCUCCUCUUAAGCACCUGUUUUGAGCUCCAGAAUACGUUUUCAGUAUGGAAAAUACUAAAUGCCACCAACAUAUUCAUCUCCCUUCAGUUCAACCACUUGUAGUUUAAAACAACAUAACCAUCCAGGUCCUUACCACCCAUAUGUUUUAACUGCAAGCCUUUCUCUAAUUCAGUCUUGAAUUUUCAGCCGGACAGCUCACUCUUUCACUCAGCUAUAAAUAUUGUGGGAAAAAGCCCUCUCUCCGAGACACCCUCAUGGGAUGGCAAGUGUAUGCUGAUGGAGUAGGCAGCCCACUUCCAAAGGAAUAUAUUUGAUACAAGCUUAUUCAAGAUGCAGUAUCAUCUGCUUGCUAAUUAUGUUGUCUUUUUUAGUAACAAGCCAAUAGGAAGAAUUUAGUGAAGCAGUUAAAUAGCUCACUUGACAGCUUCAGAAAAUAUUUUUUUCAAAGCCUUCUUUAAUCUGAUAAAGGAAGCAGCUGUCAUACAUCAUAAUCUUUCUUCUGACCUUCUUUUCUGCCAUGAUCUGUAUUGUUUCAUCAAGCUACAGAAAGUUAGCACCAAGGAAAGAGAUCCUCCAUUUUCUUUGCGCUCCUUCUGCUGUCAUUUAGCAGGGUAAUUCUUUAUAUACUUGAUACUCUCCUAAAGCUACAUUACUAUCAGAUUUCUGGUAGACACAGCAGCUCUUUCUUGGGCAGUAGUCCAAAAAGCACUAGUGCUAUUUAGUGUUCAGCCCCUGUUUGAACCGUAUCUCUUUGUCAGUCCCUCUUGUGUUCUGUCAUGUCCUGAGGCAUCCACCCUGGCAACAUUUGAAAGACAUCUUACCAUAGUGAAGGAUUUUGCAGGAAAACCAGGAUCAAACAUGAUAUUUUAAAUAUAGAAUGUAGGAGAGAUCCUUGGCAGUUACUGUUGUACAUGUUCCUUAACUGCAUGUGCAAAGUGUGUUGUAUACGAUUUUCCCAGAGGAAAUUUCCUAUAAUUGGCCAUUUUUUCUCAGCAAAACACCAUUUGAAUGCUAUUAUUUAGAAAGGUCAAUCCCAGACAUUUCAGAUGUAUAUCCACUUCUUGCACUACUGUUUUGACAUAAAUUGAAUUUAUUUUGUAGCGUUAGGUUGUAGGAGGCCAUGUAGAAAGUUCUUUUGCUUUUAAUAUCUUGCAGUUCUUCUGAUUCAUACAGCACUAAUUAGCAGAUACUUGUUUUUAGGUAAGUAAAUGGCUUUUGUU